UCUGAGUCUUGUAGCUUGAUGGGAUUCAUUACGCUGGCUGAAGAAGAUCGGAUUUAGUGAAGCUGAGUCGGAUGGGAGGCCUAGUUGUUGCGUCAGGAGAUGCCUCAGUGGCAAACGAGGGUCGUGAUUCCGACCACCACUUGCUGUCGUUUCUUGCAAUGGGCCACUUUUGCUCGAGUUUGGUAUCUCUUAGAUGGGAAAAUGCAGCCCCCUGGCAAACUGGCUGCCCUGGCAUCAGUCAGACUUCAAGGAUUGCAUAAACCUGUGUACCAUCAACUGAGUGACUGUGGGGAUCAUGUUGUCAUAAUGAACACAAGGCACAUUGCAUUUUCUGGAAACAAAUGGGAACAAAAAGUAUACUCCUCACAUACUGGCUACCCUGGUGGAUUUAGACAAGUAACAGCUGCUGAACUUCACCGGAAAGAUCCAGUGGCAAUUGUGAAACUAGCCAUUUAUGGCAUGUUGCCAAAAAACCUUCACAGAAGAACUCUGAUGCAGAGGUUACAUCUUUUCCCAGAUGAAGACAUACCAGAAGAUAUUCUUAAGAAUUUAGUGGAAGAACUUCCUCAACCACGAAAAGUGCCCAGACGUCUAGAUGAGUACACACAGGAAGAAAUAGAGGCCUUCCCAAGAGUUUGGUCUCCACCUGAAGAUUAUCGGCUGUAGGAACAAGAAAAUAAGUGUGGUGACUGAAACGUCUUCCUGCUGAGUUUCUCCUGCCUGCAGGGCAGCGUGAAAGAGCUGCCGCCUUUUGACAAGAAGGCUGUUUCGGGCGCUGGAAGUGGUGGGGAAAGGCCAGGAAGGGGGACUCCUUCCAUGGGAAGUGUCAAUAAAAUACAUUACAUUUUACAGAAUUGUUUUAUUAUGAUAAUCUGCUUUGAAUGUUAUAAAUGAUAAGAAUAAAACUGCUUGCUUGGUUAA